GUCAUUACAGUUCCUUUAUAGUGUUUAACAGUGUAGGCUUACAAGCUGGUUGUUAGAAUACAUUUCACCAUAACAACUCCCUGAUUUCACUAAGCCUAGAGUAGACCUUACCGUAUCACACGAUGGACGCAUUUCUAACAGUUAUGUUAUUUACAAUGAUGGUAGUCGAAUCUCCAGCAUCUUUUCAUCCUGUUACUAUUACCGCAAAUCAACGACUUGCAAUAGAUGCAUUUCAGUCAUCGUUAGUGAAUUUGUCUUCAGGAGAAGUGGAGGAAAUCGUGUAUAAUCGUACCACCCCUGUGAUUGAGCUUACGGAGGACCAAGAACAGAAGUUGCUGGCCGAGUAUCCAGCUUACUUCAGGGUUGCCGAUUCAAGGGCUCUUCCACCUUCACAAAAAAGGAAAAGAAGAAGUAGGCCUUUUGCCCGUGUGUGCCCUUCUGAGACGGUCCGAAGCGCCGUUACAGUGGCGUUUGAUAAAAAUGGCAAACCCGUUCUUGUUCCACAUCUCAUUCGAUUUCACUUAUAUCAGGAAGUCCAGGAAAAAUUGUGUGCAGCUGACAAAUGUAACCCAGGUUUCCAAUGCCGCUGUCGGAAUAAAAUUAUCACUACCAAAGCUGUUGUCACUUAUAUUAAGGGACAUGAUCAUAAGUUCUACACUACUGAAUUAAAGUUGCGUUCCUGUACGGCUAUUGAACUGUAGGAAGAAAUAUCAGUAGGAAUAUGUCAUUAACCAUAGAGAAAAUAGAACUAUUUUUUGAUCCAUUUUAGAAUAGGGGUGUUGGUUAAGAUAUAGACAGGAGUCAUUACACACCUAGUUAAUCCUACUCAUAUGGUAAUUUCUGGUGUUCAUAGUAUAAUUAGCGAAGUACAGUAUCAGUUUUUUUUUUAUUAAUUGUAUUAUGGAAUGGAAUGGAUUUAUUCGGU